GGGUUGGCUGGCCUGCGCGUCUCAUUCAAACAGUGUUGCCUGCUGUGCGGUGAGGUGAGGAAGGAAAGAACGCGAAAGAAUUACAGUGUAAAGAUCUGUAAAGGACAAAUCCUGGAUAACCUGCAGAGUGCGGCGUGAUGGUGGAGACACUGGAGGGUCAUGUCUUGGAGGAGUGGGCCGUGGCGCGCACCGACUCGGGAGUGCCUUAUUAUGUCAACCAUAGUCGAGGUGUGACUCAGUGGGACCAUCCAGAGUUUGUGCGCAUCUUUGAAGAGAUCCAGUCACUGAACACUGUGAAGUUUGCAGCUUAUCGCACUGCCUGCAAGCUGAGGCGUCUGCAGACUAGACUUAAAUUGCAGGAUGUGUCACUGCAAAAUGUUGCUACAGCCUUUGACAGUGCAGGACUGAGGGCUGGAGAGAACAGUGACCUGGUGGAACUAAAGCAGGUAGAGGAGGUGGUGCAGAAGAUACUACGUAGUGCCCACAAACACCGGCACAGCCAGGCUGCUCUUGCCACUCAGCUUACCAUCAAUCUCCUGCUGAACAUCUAUGACUUAGGCCGGAGUGGUAUGGUGCAGGUGCUAGGGUGUAAGGUGCUGCUUGUGGUACUGUGUGGAGGCCGUCUGCAGGAGAAGUAUCGUUACCUUUUCAACCAGGUGGCUGAUCACAACAACUGCUGCACCAGGCGACGACUUGCUUCCAUCUUGCGGGACUUAGCACGUAUCCCAGAACUCCUGUCAGAGCAGCCUUCCUUUGGCCUCUCACUGGUGUCAGCAGCAGUGGAGAGCUGUUUCAAGGAGGUGGAGGGUGAGGUGGGGAUAACUGAAGAGGUAUUGCUGGACUGGCUGCUGCAGGAACCACAGACCCUUGUUUGGUGGACUACUCUGUACAGGCUUACUGCUGCAGAACUUGUGUGUCAUGAUGUGAAGUGUGGAGUAUGCAAGCAACGCCCCAUCAUUGGCUUGAGGUACCAGUGUUUGCAUUGUCUCGGCUACAACCAGUGCCAAGACUGCUUCCUGCAUGCACGCACUUCUCGAGGUCACAAGCUUUCCCAUCCCAUCCAGGAAUAUUGCCAUGAGACAAGUGGAAAGGAAUGGCGACGAGCACUGAUGAAAAUAAUGAAGCAUCGUCUGAAGGGGCGGUCGAGGUGUGGGAAGCCGCGGUACCUAGCCAUCCCCUCCAGCCCUUCACUGGUUUCAGAUGUGAAUAGUGUGGUAUGUGAGGGCCAGAGCAGUGUAUCCUGGAGUGAAGGCAGUGAGGAUGACCAUCAUCAAGAGGAAGAGGAGGAAGAGGAAGAAGAGGCACUUUUCUCACGCACAAUCCUCAAUGUGUCCCAUGAGAGUGAGGAAGAGUCUCAAGAUGACAGGGAGGGGGAUGAUAGAGGCUUCAGAGGGAUAGAACCUAUCAUUCUUCCCACCUCCCCUCGUCACCAGAUUCACUCAGUCAUUGUACACCUUCAGGAUGGUCAUAGGCAACUGGAGGAGGGAGCUUCAGGGACUGUGGUGGAGGAGUACACACAGCAGCUUCAAACACAAAUCAACAAACUCAAGCAGAUUCUUCAGAAGGUCAACUCAGGUCCUAGCCGGGAGCACCACGGAAGCAGCAGACAAGCCCGAACAGCCCAUGAAGUGGGGAGAGUGUUACCCCGCCUGGAGAGUACACCUAUCGUGGGCGAACGUGGAUUGUUGCUUAACCUCUCCCCCAUCAUCACUCGCUCCUCACAUGAUGACACUGCUGUGAUGGACAACAAGGAGAACCAUUUGGUUGAGAACCCAAAUGGAUAUCAACAUAAGGAAAGUUCUGGUGCAGGACAAACCAGGACUCCCUUUACACCAUACCAGACCAACACUUGUCUCACUGGAGAUUGUAGUGAGGAAAAAACUUUACCCCAGGUACCAGGACUACCCAGUUUUACUGAGGUCAACUUCAGUGACCUUACCUCAGUGUCUUGUGCUGCAGGGUCAUCUUCAGGGAGCCAUAUGGAAAUGGAAGGAGCCAGACAAGCUGGAGAUGCCACAUCUAGUGACAUAAAACAGGAAUUGGAGAACAUUUUGGUGCAGCUCGACCAUAUCUUCCUUUCAGCUGAGUCGCAAAAUGACAACAAACUCACAGAGGACAACAAUGGUGUGGUGGAAGCUGCCUGUGAACUGGGAGACAUUUUGGCAGAGUAUGUGAAUGCUGUUCCCAGCCAACCUGACUGAUGGCUGUUUGGCUUUACAGUGGUGGUUUGUCUUCUUGGAUUUUACUAUUAUUAUUAUUAUUAUUAUUAUUAUUAUUAUUAUUAUUAUUAUAAAAUGAGUCUAGCUUUGUUGGUUUUACCAGUUAUGUACAAAAAUCUACUGUAGUAAACAACAAAUUAGAAAACCUAAUUGAGAAGAUUUGCACACAUAUCUUUGAACAUUUGUUGCCUUUUCAAAUUAACACUUCCAUAUACCAAGCUUUCCAACACUGGUUGUAACCAACAGCACUGUAGUGAUGAACUAAGCACUCAAGGGAGGAUUUACUUGUAGAGGAUUGCACACAUCAUAUCUGUACUUUUUUAAUAUAUUUAGAAUCAUGCGGAUUUAUGAUUAAUAAUUUUAGUAAGAUGCACCAUCCAUAACUGACAAAUUAAGACAGUGGGCAGAUAUAGGUGAAAGGCAGUCAGCUAUAACUACCACUUGUUUAUGACUGACCAUAACCAUAUAGACUUCUAAGUGCAAUUAUGGCUUCAGUAAAGUGUUUCAUCUUUCUAGCCACAGUGUCACUACAGACUAACUUUAUAGAACAUUUCCUGGUAUUUAAGCAAAGCCACAGCCUCCACCAAAGGCUCUGCCUAUCCUACUUCCUUAAAAAAACAACCAUUAAUUUAACUUUAAUACUGUUGGCUGUAUCAGACUUAUUUUCUCAAAACUCCAGUGAUAGCAUAUUAUAAGAGAUUUAUACCCAAGUUUAUUGCAUUCAGUAACCUUACACAGCCAUCAUGUAGAAAAGAGUUUCAUCUGCUAUUCUCACCAGAACUGGGUGUCUUGCCAGUAGAACUGGUGUCUUUACAGUUUUCAUAAUGGUAAAUAGACUUUUCUAGCAUAGCCUAUACAAGGAAUGAAUUCUGGCAUUUGAAAGUUGCAGUAUUGUUUUAUAUAUUUUCUAGUCUUGAGGACACACUGAUUCCAGAUGACACUUUGGUCUGUUCUUCCCUAAAGGCCUUAAGAUUAUGAUAUGAAGGAAUGCUUGUGAAUGUGAAUGUUUGAAUGUAGAUACUUAAGUGGGACACUGACUUGGAUAUAUAUAUAUAUAUAUAUAUAUAUAUAUAUAUAUAUAUAUAUAUAUAUAUAUAUAUAUAUAUAUAUAUAUAUAUAUAUAUAUAUAUAUAUAUAUAUAUAUAUAUAUAUAACCUGAUUAUCACACUUGAGAUAAUGUGAACUUCUAUAACCAAUCUCUUGAAAGUUCUCUUCCAUGGGCAUUAUGGGCAUUAUGUGUUCUUGUAUGCAUCAAGCUACUUCAUUGCUCAUGAUCAUCUGUAUACCUGAUAUCUGAUAUCUUCAUUACCACUAUUCACUGAGGAACCUAAAGUAUUCACCCAAAAGCACAUGGAUUGUAACCAUCGUAUUGCCUUCUCUUGCGGUAAACUUUAACAAAAGAUUUUCAAAAUUAUUUCUUUUAUUGCAUUAAUUGUGAUUUCUUUACUUUAGAUUAACCAGUGUUUUGUACAGGAAUGGUGUACCAAAAAUAUUCUUGAUACACAAGAUGAGCACUAGUAGUGAAGUUUGCAAAAUCUACAUUUUAUGUUUUCUGUAAAUUCUGUAAAGAAUAUUUUCCAGGCUAUAAUACCUUUUCAAUUUCUCUUUUACCAAAGAAAUUUUUAUUAACAUAAGUAGUGAUUAUAAAAAGGUAAUGAUCUUUAGCACAAAUGCAUCUUUGUGAUACAAAUAAUGUUGGUUUAUGUACAAUCUAGAUUUCAAGAGUAUUGAAGUUUUAUCAAAGUAUGAAAGCUUAUAACACUAGUUUAUUUUUUGUAAUUUUAUACACUAACCCUUAUGAGCUCUAUAAGGUCAGUGAAAAUAAAAGUAUUGAAAAGUUUUAUA